UUCAACUCAACUAAGUGUAAAACCAUUAUUCUCACAGAUAUCAGGAGAGAGAGGGCUGAGAAUCAGAGGCACAAGUCCCUCUCACUCACAGGUACUGUCUGAUGUGUCCCUAAAUCUGGUUAGAGAAAUAGAAUUUAACACUUCAGCUGAAUCGACCAAAGGACUGUGGAGUCAUGGCUCGAGUAGCAACUCUCUACACUUUACUCUGCUAUUUGGUCUUGACAGAAGCCCAACAUGAACCAGGAAAAUGUCUCUUUUAUGAUGAGUGUGGAACAAACCCCACUCUAAAUGGAACUCUUAUUAAGCCUGUUGUGCCCUGUUUAAACCACAGCCCUGCCAGACGGUUAUCAGGGGAACACUACAGAAAGUUCAAACAGGUGUGUCCUAUGCUGGAUCAAGGAGAGAACAACACAUAUGCCUGCUGCUCUAUCACUCAGCUCAUCUCCCUGGAAACGAGUCUGACUCUUUCCAAAGCUGUCCUGAUCCGUUGCCCUUCUUGUUCUUACAACUUUGCGCACGUACACUGCAUCAACACCUGCAGUCCUGAUCAAAGCCAAUACGUGAAUGUCACUAGAGUCAUGAACAUCACUAACAUGGGUGUCACGAGGGAAGCUGUGGUGGCCUAUCAAUCAUAUUUGUCUUCCAGAUUUGCACAGAAUGCUUUCCAGUCUUGCAAAAAUGUACGUAUCCCAGCUACUGGUGGUUAUGCGAUCUCAACAAUGUGCGGUCGCUAUGGGGCCAAACUAUGCACCGCUCAGCGUUGGUAUGACUUUCAAGGAGAUUCUAGUAACGGUCUUGCCCCGUUGGACAUAGACUUUGAGCUCAUUUCUGAUGGUGCUGCUGGAUCACUACCAAAUGGCUUAAUCCCCUACAAUGGCACGGCUCUGAAAUGUAACCAAGAAACACCAACAGGAGGCAAGGCUUGCUCAUGCCAGGACUGUGAAGAAGCAUGCCCUGUUGUCCCAGGACCUGAAGAACCACCAGGCCCAUUCAAACUUUUUGGUGUGGAUGGUUUUCUGUUGAUCUCCAUUGUCAUGCUUUGCCUGCUGAUAUUUGCCUUCAUAUUAUACAUGUGUGUGAGUUGCUAUGUGAACUCUAAGAAGCCAAAAACUCAGAAAAAGAAAAAGGAUUUAAAUAGCAAUGAUGUUACUCAAAGACCCAUUCACCCUUCAGAGGUUACAUGUACUGACAAGAACAGUCUGGCUGCACAGGCUUUCUUAAGUUCCAUAUUUCAAACCUGGGGAAAGUUAAUGGCUACUUAUCCAUUAACGGUGCUGCUUAUCUCAGCUAUUGCUGUUGCUGCUUUUGCCACUGGCCUCAUGCACAUUGAGCUCACCACAGACCCAGUAGAGCUGUGGUCAGCCCCUAACAGUCGUGCCCGCCAAGAGAAGGACUUCCAUGACUCAAAUUUUGGGCCUUUCUUCCGGACAAACCAACUGAUUCUCACAGCGCCCCAAAGAAAAGGACACGUUUAUGAUUCUCUACUUUUUGGACUUCAAAACUUCAGUGGGAUUGUUUCCAAAGAUCUGAUUACUGAGCUGUUGGAGCUACAAACACGAAUUAGGGAUAUAAAGUUUUUCUCAAAGGACCUGAAUCGCACUGCGAGUUUGAAGGAUGUGUGUUUUGCCCCAUUGAAUCCAACCAACCCCCAAACUACAGACUGUGCUGUGAACAGCCUGCCCCAGUAUUUCCAGAACAGUGUGGAUAACAUCAAUGCCAAGGUGAACAUGACCGAACUGGGAGUGACCAAAGAGGUGGACUGGAGGGACCACUUGAUCUACUGUGUCAAUUCCCCACUGUCCUUCAAAGACAUUACUGACUUGGGCAUGAGCUGCAUGGCUGAUUAUGGAGCUCCAGUUUUCCCCUUUUUGGCUGUGGGAGGCUAUAAUAGUGAUGACUACACGAAUGCAGAAGCCCUCAUUCUGACCUUCUCCCUCAACAACUUUCCACGAACUGACCCCCGGUUCAAAGUGGCAAUGCAGUGGGAGACAGAGUUUCUUAAAAUAGUUCAAGAAUACCAGAAAAAUCCUCAAACAAACUUCACAUUUGCGUACAUGGCAGAGAGGUCUCUGGAGGACGAGAUUAACCGCACAACUGCUGAAGAUAUCCCCAUUUUCAUGAUUAGCUAUGCUGUAAUAUUUGUGUACAUUGCAGUUGCAUUGGGAGAAUACUCUUCUUGUAAACGUUUAUUGGUGGACUCAAAGUUUCUCGUGGGACUGGGCGGGAUCCUGGUGGUUGGCUGCUCUGUCCUGGCCUCUAUGGGUUUCUACUCGUGGAUUGGCAUCCCCUCUUCUCUGGUCAUCCUGCAGGUGGUGCCCUUCCUGGUGUUGGCAGUGGGAGCAGAUAACAUAUUUAUUUUUGUAUUGGAGUAUCAGAGAGAUGUUCGGAGGCCGGGUGAGAAGAGGGAGGAGCAGAUCGGCCGUGUCCUGGGCAGUGUAGCUCCCAGCAUGCUCCUCUGCAGUCUCUCAGAGUCUAUCUGCUUUUUUCUGGGGGCCCUGUCUACGAUGCCUGCGGUGAAGUCCUUUGCCCUGUACGCUGCCCUGGCUGUGCUCAUGGAUUUCGUGCUGCAGAUGACCUCCUUCGUGGCUCUGCUCUCUCUGGAUGCUCGUCGUCAGGACAGCAACCGCUGUGAACUGCUGUGUUGUGCCACUGUGUCCACUCGCCGCCCCAACAAACCCAACGAGGGCUUCCUGCUCCCCUUUAUGAGGAAAUUCUAUGCUCCUGUCCUUCUGCACAGUUUCACAAGAGUCAUUGUGAUGUUGCUGUUCAUCUUUAUGUUCUGUGCUUCCUUGUUCCUCAUGUUUAAAGUGACAGUUGGUUUGGAUCAGGAGCUCGCUAUGCCUAAAGGCUCUUACAUGCUGACCUAUUUUGAAUAUUUGUACAAAUACUUUGAAGUGGGAGUACCUGUGUAUUUCGUAACAAAGAAGGGCUUUAACUUCAAUACAGUGCAAGGCAUGAACGCAGUCUGCUCCAGUGUUGGCUGUGACCAGUUCUCUUUAACCCAAAAGAUCCAGUAUGCCACAGAAUACCCCGAACUAUCCUACAUAGGUAUUCCAUCUAACUCCUGGGUGGAUGAUUUCAUUGACUGGCUGAACCCUGGAUCAAAAUGCUGCCGUCUUUAUGCCUUUGGGCCAAACCAGGGGAAAUUCUGUCCUGCAAAUGAAAGUGCCUUACGCUGCCCAUUUAAAUGCAUGAAGACUCCUUCAGAUGGUGUUCUCAGGCCCAGUGUGGAACAGUUUCACAAUUUUUUACCUGAUUUCUUGGGGAACAGGCCCGACCUGCAGUGUCCCAAAGGGGGUCUUGGAGCAUAUGACACUGCUGUGGUGAGGGAUGAGAGCGGAGAGAUUAUAGCAUCUCGGUUCAUGGCCUAUCACACUCCUCUCACAAACUCGCAGGAGUUCACAGCUGCUCUGCUUAAAGCCAGAGAACUGGCCCAUAACAUCACUAUGGGCAUGAGGCAGGUCCCAGGCACCUCACCAGACUUUGAGGUCUUCCCUUACACAGUGACAAAUGUCUUCUAUGAGCAGUAUUUGACCAUAGUACCAGAGGGGCUCUUCAACAUCUCCCUGUGUCUGUUGCCCACAUUUGUAGUGUGUUGCCUGCUGCUGGGGCUGGACCUGAGCUCUGGGCUACUUAAUCUUAUCACCAUUGUCAUGAUCGUGGUUGAUACUGUGGGUGUCAUGACACUGUGGGGAAUAGAUUAUAAUGCAGUGGCCCUUAUCAACCUGGUUACGGCUGUUGGCAUAUCUGUGGAGUUUGUAUCUCAUAUGACCAGAUCUUUUGCCCUGAGCACAAAGCUGACUCAUGUGGAAAGAGCCAAGGAGGCCACAGCCAACAUGGGCAGUGCGGUGUUUGCAGGUGUAGCCAUGACCAACCUGCCUGGGAUUCUGGUGCUAGCUUUUGCUAAAGCUCAGCUCAUCCAGAUCUUCUUCUUCAGGCUGAACUUAGUUAUCACACUACUGGGGAUGGCCCAUGGACUGGUGUUCCUCCCUGUCCUGCUCAGCUACUUUGGUCCUGGUUUGAACAAGGCUGUGCUGCUGCAGCAACAGCGGGCUAAAGCCAAAGAGAUGAAGAUGACAAACCACAUGAGGCAAGUUUAUGAUAACAUUAGCUUUGAAGACAGUGAAACUAAACCAGAGCAAAAUGGUUCCAGCAGUCCCUGUCAAACCACAGCCAACCACCAGGAGCAGACUGACCAUUUCUGAGCAAAAAGAACUAUUUUAACUAAAUACCUCGUUAACAAACUGUACAGUCUGGGACAAUCCUAAGGAUGGACCAGUAGGAGUGAAAAUAAACACAGUUGUGCAAUGUUUCAAUGCAAGCGGACUCUGAGUCAACAAAAACAACUACGUCUGAUGCACUGCCAGAUUUAAAGACACUUUAGAAAUACAA